UUGUAACAUACUUGAUAAAAAAAAUGAGGAGUGGCUUUUUCUUGUAUAUGUACACAUUAAGCUUCUUCUUCAACCUCCAGAAAUCAGACCAUAAACAAAAAUGGUAACAAUCCUUCUCUACUUCCUCUUCUUCUUCUACACUCUUCACCUCUUAAUUCACCAUCUUCUCUGCAAGAUUCAGAACCGCCCACCUUCCCCUUUCCCUACCCUCCCCUUUCUCGGUCAUCUGCACCUCCUCAAGCCCCCACUUCACCGGAGUUUAGCCAAAAUUUCCCACAAAUACGGCCCCAUUCUCCUUCUCCGCUUCGGAUCUCGUCCAGUCCUCCUCAUCUCUUCCCCUUCCGCCGCCCUCCAAUGCUUCUCCCAAAAUGACAUCGUUUUCGCCAACCGCCCUCGCCUCCUCGCCGGCAAAUAUCUCGGCUACGACUUCUCCGUCGUCGUCUGGGCUUCUUAUGGCGACCACUGGCGCAAUCUCCGUCGAAUCUCAUCUCUCCAUCUCCUCUCCUCUUCUAAUCUCCAGUCUCUCUCCUCUGUUCGCGCCGAUGAAGUCCAUUCCCUAAUCCUCCGUCUCCGUAAAAACCCAAAUCAAGUCGUCAAUGUUAGAACCCUUCUCUUCGAAUUCAUGCUUAAUGUGAUGAUGAGAAUGAUCGGCGGGAAGCGUUACUUUGACGAUAACAGAACCCACACCGAGGAAUCUCUAAAUUUCCAGGAAAUCGUUACGGAAACGUUUAAACUUGCUGGGGCAAAUAAUCUGGUGGAUUACUUACCCAUACUGAAAUGGACUGGAAUUAGCAGAAAAAUCGAGAAGAGAUACAUUAAUCUACGGAAGAAAAGAGAUAAGUUGAUUCAGAAUCUAAUAGAAGAACACAGAAAGGAGAAACAGAAGGCAAUGAGUAAGAACAAACCUCCAUUGAAGAAGACCACAAUGAUUGAAAUGAUGCUAUCUCUUCAAGAAUCAGAUCCAGAUUACUACACGGACGAAAUCAUCAUCGGGCAAAUGAUGGUUAUGUUAUCAGCAGGGACCGACACGUCGGUGGGGACGAUGGAGUGGGCCAUGUCGUUAUUACUGAACCAUCCCGACGUACUGGGAAAAGCCAAAGAAGAGAUGGACGAAAUAAUUGGGAAAAAACGACACAUCGAAGAAUCAGAUCUGGAGAAGUUGCCGUAUCUACAGUGUGUGAUAAAGGAGACGAUGAGGAUGUAUCCGGUAGGGCCGUUACUAGUGCCUCACGAAUCGUCCGCCGAUUGUACGGUGGGUGGGUAUCACAUCCCAGGUGGAACGAUGUUAAUGGUGAACGCGUGGGCAAUUCACAAUGAUGCCGGAUUGUGGGAAGAGGCGGCGGUGUUCAAGCCGGAGAGAUUUUUAGGAGCGGGGGCGGAAGGAGAUGGAAUAGGGUUGAAGUAUAUGGUGUUUGGGGCGGGUAGGAGGGGGUGCCCUGGGGAAGGGUUGGCCAUGAGAGUGGUGGGCUUGGUGUUGGGGUCGUUGAUUCAGUGUUUUGAGUGGGAAAGAAUUGGGGAAGAAAUGGUGGAUAUGGGUGAAGGAACGGGGUUGACUAUGCCUAAGGCCUGCCCUCUGCAAGCCAAGUGUAGGCCACGUCCAAUUCUCCAUUAUGUAAUGUAAGGCAUGUAUAUUAUUAUAACUCAUUUGGAACCUAUGAAUUAUGAUGACCUAUAAAAUAAUGUUUUCUACACACAUAUAUUUUCUUUA